AUGCCUAGGGUGCUGGGUUUCAUUGAUGGCUCAUUGAUGAGGCUCUCCUAUCUCCCUCGUGAUGCAGAGAGGCAGUCAUUCUAUUGUAGGAAAGGAUUUCUUGCCCUAAACACCCAGCUAAUUUGUGAUGGAGACCUCAACAUUCUCAAUGUAGACGCAAGGUGGCCUGGUUCUUUAACGGAUAACUUAAUUUGGCAGUAUGUUUGUAAAUCCCCUUUUCUGUCUAUAGGUGAUAAUGGAUACUUUACUGCCCCCUGGCUCCACGUCCCCAUUUUACAUGCUGAACCAGGAACCCCUGAGUAUUACUACACAUUAUUCCACUGCCACUGCCGCAAUGUGGUAGAGAGAUGCAUUGGAGUUUUAAAAAGUCGGUGGAGGUUGCUAAGUAUUGACCGAUCCAUCAACUACAAAAAUGCAACCUAUGCAGGAAAAAUUUUCAAUGCCUGCUGUGUAUUGCAUAACUUUUGUAAUGCUAGAAGGGUUCCCGUACCACCCCCUUUGUUGGAGAAUAACAAUGACGAUGAUAAUGUUGAUAUUGAGCCACUGCCUGACCUUCCAUUGGAUGUUGAACAAAGAGGUAUUGCAGAGAUGCAGUAUCUGAUUAACUUUGCCAACCAAAGGCUUAAUAAUGAUCGUAAUAACAUUGUGCAUGCGUUGUAGAGAUUUAACCACCUAUCUUUAGUAUGAAAAUCUUGCACCUUUCUGAAGUAAGUAAUAGAACUCCAUGUCCAUAUUGCAUGCAGAAGUAUUUUUGUACAGACUGUAAAAUUAGAUGUAAGUGUUUUUGGUUCUUUUCCUCUGUUUUAUAUGUAGAUGCUAGGAAAUCCAG